AGAAUACAUCACCUUCGUCCAAUAAGGUGCAGGUAAAAUGAGCUCAUCAAUCCUGAGAGAUUAAGAUGCGGAAAAAGGGAGGCUGCAGUCGCAUAAAAAUGUGUUUACAGGGUCUCAUUUUAUGUAGUAGUUUAGCAGUGUUUCCCGUCAUGCAAUUCGCCCUGCCAGGACUCAAUCUACUUAGUUUUGGUUAGUAGAUUUUAGGGGACAGCACUUGGAAGGGCACAGUCGUAGGGAAAUUUUCAAGUCAUGCUAGAGAAAAGCACAAGGGAACAAAGCAUUCCCUGUUCUUCCUUUCCUGACUCCUCCCUCGGAAGAUUGUUUUUCUCUUCCUCUUCCUCCUUUCCUCGCUCGGUCUUUUCAAACUUCCUCUUUCCCCUCCCACCUCCUUCCUGGGGCCAUUGCGGGGGAGGAGAAUGGAAACACCCGUAAUCCCUGACGAUCUAUUAGGCAGCCUUAACAGUAGUAACAACAGCAGCUCGCUUUUGGGGCGUCGGUUUCCCUCUGCCGCGUUUUCGCUGAAAGGCAGCCUCAGCAGCAUGAUGAAAAAAGACGGUCUCACCAUAAGCCUUAAUGACCGGAUAGUGGCCACCCUAAAACCUACGCCCCCUCCACUUCAUGGGGAUCAAAGUUUGCGAGGUAACGCCAUCUGCUCUACCGCCGAAGGGCUGCUCACCUCUCCGGACCUGGGAUUGCUCAAACUGGCCUCGCCGGAGCUGGAGCGGCUCAUCAUCCAGUCCAACGGGCUGGUCACCACCACCCCGACCAGUACCCAGUUCCUCUACCCCAAGGUGACGGCCACGGAGGAGCAGGAGUUCGCCGAAGGCUUCGUCAAGGCCCUGGAGGACUUACACAAACAGAACCAGCUAAGCGGAGGGGCCGGGCCGGCCGGAGCCGCGGGGGGCUGCGCCCAGCCGCCGGGCGGGGCCGGCGUCGACCUCACCCCGGGGCCCCCCGCCGCCGCUUCUCUCGCGCAGCAAGAGCCGCCGGUCUACGCCAACCUCAGCAGCUACACGGGCAACGCGGCCGGCGCGCUGGGCAGCACCACGGUGAACUACUCGACCGACACGGUGCCCUACCCGCCCCCGCCCAGCCUGGGCCAGCCCCAGCCUCACCCCCGGCUCCAGGCGCUCAAGGACGAGCCCCAGAUCGUGCCCGACGUGCCCAGCUUCGGCGAGAGCCCCCCGCUGUCCCCCAUCGACAUGGACACGCAGGAGCGCAUCAAGGCCGAGCGCAAGAGGCUGCGGAACCGUAUCGCCGCCUCCAAAUGCCGCAAAAGGAAGCUGGAGCGGAUCUCGCGGCUGGAGGAAAAGGUCAAGAGCCUCAAGAGCCAGAACACGGAGCUGGCGUCCACCGCCAACCUCCUCCGGGAGCAGGUAGCCCAGCUCAAGCAGAAGGUGCUCAGCCAUGUCAGCAGCGGCUGCCAGCUGCUGCCUCAGCACCAGGUACCUGUGUACUGAGGGGCCCGGACCGCUUACAGACUGAGGUCCCGCUGUUCCGCCAUCUUCCGCCAGCACCUCUCAUUUUUUUUAACCCCCUUUCCCUUGGAGUUUUAGAAAGACAGUUGAAGACGGCAGAUUUUUUCGUGGAAUAAUGCAUUUUUUUUCGGACAGCAGGCUCGAACCAAGAAUAGAGCAGAAAUCCCUCCUACCUUCACUCAUCUAGGCCUCGAGUUUGGGAACUGUACCGCAAGGAUGGUUUAGGAGGACGCAAGCUAUGAAGUAAGAUAUGGGACGAAGAAUAAGGCGAGGGCUAAGGGUUAGACAAGGAAGGAAGAAGAAGGAUUGAAGGAAAUAAGAAAAAGAGAAUUGAGAGAAUGAGCAAAGGGCCCGCAGUCAAGAAGGGGCGAUUGGCGAAAUUGAUAAUACACCUUUUUGUUCACCCCCCACCCACACCAUUUUUGAACUGUUCACAGUAGAUGAUCCGAAUGUUUUCGUUUCUACCCUCUCAAAGAUAAGUGUUUUGUUUCCUUGUUCAGCCCAACUGAGAACUUUUGCAAAAGGUGAAAUGUGACAGUUUUAAGGGUUUUUUUUUGUCUUAAGCGUUCUAUUUAUGUUAAAAUUGGGAACAUCGGUUAAAAAAAUGCUUUACAUUCCUGUAUGUAAUACUGUACUUAAAUACCUUUCUAUCAAUAAAAUAUUAUUGCAUGAGCUCCGA